AUGCAACCACCCCAACGCUACAUACCGUCAGUUUCUGAUUUAUACGGUACCGACGAAAUCGAGUUCCUCCUGGACGAAAUACGGGAUCUCGAGCCAGCCUGCUGUCAGCUGGAAGACAUCCAGGACUUUGAAAUAGCUGGCAGCAGAGCAGGGGAGCUCUCAUUAUCGCUCGAGUCACCGCUCGGCACCUGCACAUCCUGGGACUCGCAUGCACACUACCGUCAAAGGAUAGGGAACACACCGUUACCGUGGGGCGUUGCGCUGCACUGCGACGCCUCGCACCUGACCAGCCCGACCGGCAUCGUGCGGAUCCUGCUGGUGGUCUCAUCCGCGGCAUGUCUCGCCUGUGAGUGUUCCGCCGGCACCGUGCAGGUCGGCCUGUUUCUACUGCCACUGAUCGGGCGACUGCGGUUGAUGGUGUUCUGUGCACUCUUCUCUUUGUUAGUAACCUGUUUGAUGCUGUUUUUGGAUAUCUCACACAUAGCAUUAAUGUUUCCAUUCAAUUGGGGACGAUUGAAUGCAUGGAUGUACCUGACAAUUGGUUUACUAUUUAUUGUUGGUUCAUCAUUGCUAAUACAUAUGGUGUUUUUCGCUGAGGAGUUCAUGUGGGUGCCAAAGCACACGAAGGAUACAUUGUUCAUAUCAGCGAUACUUGGAUACAUUUGCUCGAUCGAGGCGUUCGUACUGGCGGCACUAACGAAGUGUCCGUCGCAGUACCGGCACGUGAUCGACGAGUACAGCGACAUAUGCCUGGAGGAGCGCGAACUCAGCCCUAUAUGUAGCAACGAUGUAACAAAUCAUAACCACAAUUCGGCUUCGAACGACGUAUCGAAUCAUCGCAGCUAUAAUAAAAUCGAAACGGGUGAUAGCAUUACGCCGACAUGUAAUCAAAAACCUUAUAUACCAGUUAAACGUCCCGACCAAUCGUAUAAUCAGCGACCCACUCUAGGCAAUAUGCAGAAAUCGAAUCACCGCAACCGUCAGGGUUAUCACUAUCAACCAAUAGCCUCAACUUCACGGCAGAGUCCAACCUUCGUGCUGGAUGAGGAUGCUUUGCCGGGUCCGUCGUCCCGUUCCCUCGACUACUCUAGUGCGUGA